UUGAAAGAUAUCUACCAACGAUUAGAACAUAAGUGUAUUUUUGUGUUAUUUCAUUAAAACAAUACAAUGUGUGAAUCGCGGACUUUGAGUUUCUAUACCGUUGUGGUUCGGUGGUUCAUUUUCGCGCUCCUCGGCUUGGAGUGGCAGGUCAACUGUCAAGUAUUACAGCAGACUGCAGAAGUUGACAGUUCCUAUAAUUUCUAUUACGAACAACCCUGUUGCAGUGGAUCUGUGUCCAAAAGCAAAUACCACGUCAGACAUAAACGAGAUCAUGUUCGAGAAUUUACGUGCGGACCUCUUUACUACAGAACCUUCUUUAUGGAUUCGAAGCGAGAUGCACUCUAUGUCGGCGCUAUGGACCGAUUGUUUCGUCUGAACAUGAACAACAUUAGUUCAUCACAUUGUGAUAGGGAUUCUAUUAAUUUGGAGCCCAGCAAUGUCGCUCAAUGUGUGUCAAAAGGAAAAUCAGAGCACUUCGAUUGCCGUAACCACGUGCGCGUGAUCCAGCCCAUGGGUGACGGCUCGCGGCUCUACGUGUGCGGCACCAACGCCCAUAGCCCUAAAGAUUGGGUGUUAUACUCGAACUUGACACACCUGCCGCGGCACGAGUACGUGCCGGGUAUCGGCAUGGGCAUUGCCAAGUGUCCCUACGACCCGGCGGACAACUCGACCGCGCUGUGGGUGGAGAGGGGUAACCCUGGCUCCUUGCCGGCGCUUUACUCCGGCACCAACGCUGAGUUCACUAAAGCGGACACAGUCAUCUUCAGAACUGAUCUCCACAAUUUGACAACUGGACGACGAGAGUUCUCCUAUAAGCGAACUCUGAAAUAUGACUCCAAAUGGUUGGAUAAACCGAACUUCGUUGGUUCAUUCGACGUUGGCGAGUACGUGUUAUUCUUCUUCCGUGAGACUGCAGUGGAGUACAUCAACUGCGGUAAAGCGGUAUAUUCUCGGGUCGCCCGCGUCUGCAAGCGUGAUACCGGUGGCAAGAACAUACUCAACCAGAACUGGGCGACUUACCUGAAGGCGAGGUUGAACUGCAGCAUACCGGGAGAGUUCCCUUUCUAUUUCAAUGAGAUACAGAGUAUCUACAAAGUUCCCGGAGACGAUAGCCGCUUCUAUGGAGUAUUUACAACUGCAUCGACUGGCUUGAUGGGCUCUGCGAUAUGUACAUUCACUAUCGGUGAUAUCCAGAAAGCUUUCGAGGGGAAGUUCAAAGAACAGGCCACAUCCAGCUCGGCGUGGUUGCCUGUCAUCAGCAGCAGGGUGCCGGAACCCAGACCCGGAACUUGUGUUAAUGAUACAUCAUCAUUACCCGACACAGUACUUAAUUUUAUCAGAUCACAUCCACUAAUGGACAGCGCGGUAUCACAUGAGAAUGAGAAGCCGAUCUAUUAUAAGCGGGACCUGUUCUUCACAAGACUAGUGGUUGACAAAGUGAGAGUCGACAUGCUUGGACACCAGCUCGAAUACACUGUGUAUUAUGCUGGCACCAACGAGGGCAAGAUUCAUAAGAUCGUGCAAUGGACUCGCAAUGGAGAUAACCAGUCGGCGUUAUUGGACAUCUUUGACGUCACUCCCGGCGAACCGAUUCAGGCUAUGGCGUUAUCCCGCGCGCACGGCUCUUUGUACGCAGCGUCUGACCGACGAGUGUUGCAACUACGCUUGGCACUAUGCGCGCGUCGCUAUGACGCGUGCGUGCGCUGCGCCCGCGACCCAUAUUGCGGUUGGGACAGAGAUGCCUCCGUUUGCCGCGAAUAUGUACCGGGAUUAAUUCAAGAUGUUGCCAACGAGACGGCGGACAUUUGCGACUCAUCGAUAUCCCGUAAGAGCGUAUCUGCGACGUGGGGCCAGAGCUUGCACCUCGGCAGCUUCGUCAAGAUGCCGGAGGUGCUGCAGCCCCGCGCCAUCACUUGGUACCACUACUCCAAGGACAAGGGACGACAUCCUAUUACAUUUAACAAACCAGAGAAAUACAUAGAGACGUCAGAGCACGGCUUGCUUAUCAUAUCUGUGAAUGAGGGAGAUGCAGGCAGAUACGAUUGUUGGCUCGGUGGAUCUCUCCUCUGUUCUUACAACAUCACAGUCGACACUCAUCGAUGUUCACCUCCAGAAAAGAGCAACGAAUAUCAAAAGAUUUAUUCGAACUGGUGUCAUGAAUUCGAAAAAUACAAAACCGCUAUGAAGACUUGGGAAAGAAAACAAGAGCAAUGCGCUCGUCAAAAUGACUCGAAUCAGAAUACGCAUCCAAACGAAAUAGUGUGAUAGCUCCUGAACAUCGCCUAUCUCAUGUUCCAGUCGGUUAAUUACUAUGCGGGGGCGAUCCCAGUUCCCUAUCUGUCGGCCGGCCUCAAACACUUCAAUAUAUUCUCGUGAGAACAUCCGUCAACAAUCCGCUCCAAUAUAAAGUGAUUUAGCGACUCCAUAGAUUUUACUCGAACUCAACAGUGCUAAAACUCUCCAUAGAUUUUACAUUCUGUGACUUUAUAAACUAACCAAAUGUGCAUCGACUUCAUGAGAAGGUGAUUUGACGAAAAUUUAAUGGACAAUUGAAAUUGUAAUUGACGAGCGUGCGUUGACACGGAUUAUAGUGGUCAGUUUAAACUUCGUUCUUUGGAUAAGGUAUAGAUUUUUUAGGUAACUGGUGAAUUACUGACGUAGUAAGUGUAUUUAUUCAUUCUGAGUGCUUUAUUUACAACAAAGAAAUAGAGACAUGUUUGAAAUUUUACAAUCCAGAUCAUCAAAGUUCCGUUAGUUUUAUACGACGAAUAAUUGUAAACUUACUAGAUUUCUGUUUUAACAAAACCUUUAGUGAUUA